GCUGUGCCUGGCAGCGUGCAUGUGUCUAAGUGCAGGCAGUUUCAACUCCGCCAAAUGUGCCCGGAGUUCCUAAUAGAGCUGCCUCUGUUUGUAUACAGGGAGAGCGAGGGAGGGAGAGAGAGUGCGGGCAAGCAGGCGAGCGAGGGAGAGAGGAGGGAGCCCGGGUGAGGGAGAGGGAGAGAGACCCGGCGUGCAGGGGGUUCGCUGCCACAAUGGCACGAGCUCUGGACUUCCUACCUCUCCUCCUGUGGACUAUUUCCUUCCAGGCAUGCUGCUCCAGAGGCACCAGCAAUGAAGUGAAUCUCCUUGACACAUCUUCGAUAUCGGGUGACUGGGGGUGGCUGACAUAUCCGUCACAUGGGUGGGAUGCCAUCAAUGAAAUGGACGAAUACUUCAGCCCAAUCCACACAUACCAGGUGUGCAAUGUCAUGAGUCCCAAUCAAAACAACUGGCUGCGUACCAAUUGGAUCCAGCGGGAUGGUGCCCGGCGCAUCUACAUCGAGGUCAAAUUCACUCUGCGAGACUGCAACAGCAUGCCCGGCGUGUUAGGAACUUGCAAGGAGACUUUUAACCUCUACUAUUAUGAGAUAGAUCGUGACAUUGGGACCAACAUCUGGGAAAACCAGUUUUCCAAGAUUGACACCAUAGCCGCGGACGAAAGCUUCACCAGCGUAGACUUGGGUGUGCGGCGGCUUAAGCUGAACACUGAGGUGCGGGGCGUGGGCCCCCUCAGCAAGAGGGGCUUUUAUCUGGCCUUCCAGGACAUUGGCGCCUGCAUCGCCAUUGUGUCAGUCCGAGUGUACUACAAGAAAUGUUCAGCCAUGGCCCGUAAUUUGGCCAUGUUCACAGAUGUUGUGACAGGCGCUGACUCCUCCUCCCUGGUUGAGGUGCGGGGGCAGUGUGUGGACCAUGCUGAGGAGAGGGACACGCCGAAAAUGUACUGCAGCGCUGAAGGAGAGUGGCUUGUGCCCAUCGGUCGGUGUGUGUGCAGUGCAGGCUUUGAGGAGCACAGGGAUACUUGUGUGGCCUGUGAGGUGGGCUUCUACAAGCCAUCAGCGGGGGACCAGCUCUGUGGGAAGUGUCCCCUCCACAGUCACUCGGAAACCAGGGCCGCCCUCUUCUGCCCAUGCGACACAAGCUACUACCGUUCUCCCGCAGACCCUCCGGCAGCUCCUUGCACGAGACCACCAUCCACACCUGUCAGUGUGAUCUCCUCCGUGAACGGCACCUCAGUAAGCCUGGAGUGGGACCCACCGCUGGAUUCGGGUGGCCGGAGCGACCUUGUGUAUGACGUGGAGUGCCUCAAGUGUGCUAAUGACUGGGGACAGUGCGAGGAUUGCAGCGCGGGGUCCGGAAACAGCGGCGGUUCGACAGAGAGGGCCGGCACCUCAUCUCCACGCUUCAUACCCCAGCAGGCAGGACUGAAGGAGCCCUGGGUGACGGUGGUCAACCUGGUUGCGCACAUGAACUACACCUUCCGCAUCCAUGUGCUCAAUGGUGUGUCGCACCUCAGCCCAGAGACUCAGCAGUACAUUGCCGUCAACAUCACAACAAACCAGGCAGCCCCCUCCCAGGUGGUUGCCAUCCGGCAGGAAAACACCAGUCAGAACAGUGUCACCUUAUUAUGGCAUGAGCCAGACCAGCCCAACGGUGUUAUCUUGGAGUACGACAUCAAAUAUUACGAAAAGGACAAGGAGCAGCAGAGCUACUCAACACUCAAGUCCAAGGGUACCAGUGCCAGGGUGUCAGGUCUGAAGCCAGGCACCCGGUACAUCUUCCAGGUUCGCGCUCGGACCUCCGCUGGCUGCGGCCGCUUUAGCCAGACCGUUGAAAUACAGACUGGCAAAGCAGUGCCUCUGCGUUAUGACACCAUGACAAUCAUCUGGAUCAGCAUGGCGCUGGUAACGGGUCUGGUGGCUUUCCUCACUCUCCUCAUCUGCAGAAAACGGCAAGAGGAGUACUUUUCAUCGCCUUUCUACCUUGUGCCUUGUUACUUCACCAAGUUGCACUGUGGUUACAGUAAGGCCUUCCAGGAUUCAGAAGAAGAGAAGAUGCACUACCAGAAUGGACAUAUCACAUUCCCAGAAGCUAGGUUUUACAUUGAUCCACAUACAUAUGAAGAUCCAUGUCAAGCUGUGCAUGAGUUUGCCAGAGAAAUUGAGGCUUCAAGAAUUAAAAUAGAGAAGAUCAUUGGCUCAGGCGAGUUUGGGGAGGUUUGCUAUGGCCGCAUGAAGCUGCCAGGGAAGAGGGACAUUCCAGUGGCCCUGAAGACCCUCAAGGCAGGCUACACUGAGAAACAAAGGCGGGAUUUCCUUAGUGAAGCCAGCAUCAUGGCCCAAUUUGAUCACCCCAAUGUCAUCCGACUAGAGGGCGUUGUCACCAGAAGUAAACCUGUGAUGAUCAUCACCGAGUACAUGGAGAACGGAUCUUUGGAUUCCUUCCUUAGGAGGCAUGAUGGCCAGUUCACCAUCAUCCAGCUGGUCGGCAUUCUACGAGGGAUCGCAGCUGGUAUGACGUACCUUUCCGAUCUAGGGUAUAUCCACAGAGACCUGGCUGCCCGUAAUAUCCUGGUCAACAGUAACCUGGUCUGCAAAGUGUCAGACUUUGGCCUGUCGCGGAUACUGGAGGAUGACCCAGAUGCAGCUUAUACCACCACUGGUGGAAAGAUCCCAAUUCGCUGGACCGCCCCGGAAGCUAUUGCAUAUAGAAAGUUCUCCUCAGCCAGUGAUGUGUGGAGCUACGGUGUGGUGAUGUGGGAGGUCAUGUCUUAUGGAGAGAGACCAUACUGGAACCUCACCAACAGAGAUGUGAUAAAAUCCGUGGAGGAGGGCUACAGGCUGCCAUGUCCCAUGGGAUGCCCAGGAGCUAUGCACACACUGAUGCUGGACUGCUGGCAGAAGGACCGCAAUGAAAGGCCCAAGUUCUGCCAGAUUGUCACUGUCCUGGACAAGCUGAUCCGUAACCCGGAAAACCUCAAGUCAAUGGAUACUCUGUGCAGGCUAAACAGCCCUUUGAUGAACAGGAGCAUUCCUGACUUCAGCAGCUGCCGUUCAGUGGACGAGUGGUUAGAUACCAUUAAGAUGGGCCGCUACAAAGACCACUUUGCAGCAGGAGGAUACAUGACGCUGGGCCACGUAAUGGGGAUGAAUCAACAGGACAUACAGAGGCUGGGGGUGACACUGAUGGGCCACCAGAAGAAGAUCAUGACCAGCGUGCAGCUGAUGCGAGUCCAGGUGCUCAACAGAAGUGUGCCCUCGGUGCAUGUAUAAUCAAAGGCCAGGUCCAUUGCAAUCCUCAUAUUUUCAAAUGUAGAAGAAAAUAUAUCAAGUGGAAUUAAAUGGAGUUUAUUGGACUACUUUUUGAAUAUUCUUCGUUACGAGAAGAAAAGAUUCAAAACGACAUGGAGGUUUUCUUUUUUUAAAUCUGGAGUUGAUGCAGUUUAUGUCAAUAGAACUAAAACUGCCUUAACCAUCUCUUGGAAUGAAAUAUUAAUUUGUAUCCUUAUACAGAGUUUAUGAAAGACAUUAGCUAUAGAUAUUGACAAUGAAAAGGCAGAGAAGCAAAUCACGUGGCAUUAGAAGUUCUGGGGACAGCAACAAUUGCCAAAUGACACCUUCUCAAGAUGACUCUCUGAAGCAUCAGCAGCUACUAUGGAGUCCUUGGCAUCUUAAAGAUCUUCAUUAUAGAAGUUCUUACAGAAAAAAAAUAAUGGAAUGUUAAAUAUUAAAGCUGGCAAAGCCAAAAGGCAAAAAAUAUUUUCUGAUGUACUGAAUAAAAGGUAUUCUAUUGCCCUUUGAAUUACAAAAACCCUGAACAAUGUGUGAACUGAGAGACUGUUAUGCGAACAGGUUGGAAACUGCUCAGCGCACAAGCCAAGAAUUGUGACCAGUUGUGAUUUGUCACUGUUAUGCCUGUGUAGUUAAUAUAAUGGGGUAAAAAUUAAAUUGUAUACAUAUUGUGUUCCUUAGAAUACCAUUAAAAAUCAUAUCUAAAGCUUGUGCAAUCAUGAGAAUGUUCCUUCACAGAAUCACCUGGGAUUUUUAAUGAAGUUCUACAACACAGAUAAAAUAUUUGAUGUCUUUUUUAAAUAUAAUUGAUCCCUGGUAGUAUGGCACAUUUCCUGAAGUUUUUUUUUUUUUUCCUCCAAACUACUUAAGCUAUGUUAAUAAUUCCUACUAAUGGCACAACCCACCUAAUAUCCUGAAAUAGUUUAGAAUGGCAAUGAAGAUACUAAAUGGUUCAUCUGUGUGAAAUUUUUCCUGGCAAUAUCAACAAACAGGCUUAACAAAGUGUUGGACAAGUUGUGUUCUGAUCUUUAACUGUUAAAACAGUUACAAAAUAAAGCUUUUUUUUUCUGUUGUACAUCUGAAACAGCAAUACCUCAGUGAACAUACAUGUUAUAGUGCUAAAAUGAUAAAAUGAUGAACACUGCCAGCGGUAAUGCUGAAAAACAGAUAUUUUGCAUAUUAAGACAAAUGCAUUCCAUUGUUGGGUUUUAUGAAAGAAGGGAACUGAACUCGAUUAAACAAAAACUAGAU